AUGGCGCCAGUUGGCGUCCCCUCUUGCCUCGUUGUGGCUCGUGAGGGGCCAUUUAAUCCCGCAUUUGUACCGACUUUUGUAGGUGCCCUCCGGCUUCGGGCGAGGGCCCAAUUGAGGAGCGGGCAGAGGCAACCAGAAGAGAAGGACUUUCAGUUUAGUCGUGGUACCAGCCCGGCCCAUCGGGCCCUGCACUCCCUCGGUCGGCCAAAAGCCUCCGUACUGAAUAUGCUCCAAUCCCGUCUUCCAUAA